CUUCGCAAUACAAAUUCCAGCAGAAUCGCGUUCUUUAUCCGACUCUUUUUCAUACUCGGUAGGAGAGUAUAUACAGUAACUAAUUGACUGCAUAGUCUCUCUUUCCUGGCGAUUGUUUUCUGGUUGGUCUGCAAUACCAAUUUUGAGGUUUAAAUCUCGUACCGUAAGAUAAAAAAAAUAUGGCAACUCUUAAUGAUUCCUUUCUGGCUGAUCUUGAUGAAUUGUCAGAUAAUGAAGAUGACCUUCAGGAAGAGGACAAUGACAAUGCAGAGCAAAUGGAAGAAGAUAUAGAUGGUGAUCUGGCAGAUAUAGAAGCACUUAAUUACGAUGAUCUCGAUAGUGUGUCGAAACUACAAAAAUCUCAGCGCUUUGCAGACAUCAUAAUGAAAGUUGAAAAUGCGCUGGAAAGGGGUUCUGAGAAUUCAUCUCAAGCAAUUGUUCUAGAAGAUGACCCAGAAUACCAGUUGAUAGUUGAUUGUAACGCACUGUCGGUUGAUAUUGAAAAUGAAAUAGUGAUCAUUCACAAUUUUAUCCGCGACAAGUACCGCCUAAAAUUCCCCGAGCUCGAGUCUCUGGUUCAUCACCCUAUUGAUUAUGCUCGGGUUGUUAAAAAGAUUGGGAAUGAAGUUGACCUGACGCUUGUUGACCUAGAAGGUCUUUUACCCUCUGCCAUUAUUAUGGUAGUUUCUGUUACAGCCUCAACCACGAGUGGGAAGCCUCUUCCAGAAGAUGUCUUGCAAAAGACAAUUGAUGCAUGUGACCGUGCUCUCGCUCUAGAUUCUGCAAAGAAGAAUGUUCUUGAUUUUGUGGAGAGUCGAAUGGGAUAUAUUGCUCCUAAUCUUUCUGCUAUAGUUGGAAGUGCUGUCGCUGCCAAACUUAUGGGGACAGCUGGCGGCCUUUCGGCUUUGGCGAAAAUGCCUGCAUGCAAUGUUCAGCUACUCGGUGCCAAAAGGAAGAAUUUAGCUGGAUUUUCAACUGCCACGUCACAGUUUCGUGUUGGUUAUAUUGAACAAACGGAGAUAUUUCAGGGCACUCCUCCUUCUUUGAAGAUGCGUGCGUGCCGGCUUUUGGCUGCAAAGUCUACACUUGCUGCACGUGUAGAUUCUACUAGAGGAGAUCCAACUGGAAAAACUGGGAGAACUUUUCGUGCAGAUAUUCAGAAAAAGAUUGAGAAAUGGCAAGAGCCUCCCCCUGCCAAGCAGCCUAAACCUCUUCCCGUUCCUGACUCCGAGCCUAAAAAGAAAAGAGGUGGUCGAAGGUUAAGAAAGAUGAAAGAAAGAUAUGCUAUUACAGACAUGCGUAAGCUGGCAAACAGAAUGCAGUUCGGCAUACCAGAGGAGAGCUCACUAGGUGAUGGACUGGGAGAAGGAUAUGGAAUGCUAGGUCAAGCUGGUAGUGGGAAGCUACGUGUAUCAGCUGGUCAAAGCAGGCUUGCUGCUAAAGUAGCCAAGAAGUUUAAGGGGAGAGAUUACGGAACAGGUGGCGCAACUUCUGGACUUACUUCGAGUUUGGCUUUCACACCUGUUCAGGGAAUUGAGCUUUCAAACCCUCAGGCAAACCAGCUUGGCGGUGGUACUCAAAGCACUUACUUUUCGGAAACUGGAACUUUCUCAAAGAUCAAGAGACCAUGAAACAACACUUUAGAACCUGUUCUUUCGUCUGAGAAUUUGAGACUUCUGGUGAAAUUGAUAUUUACAAAUUCUCUAAGCUUGAUUUUCGGUGCAUUUUUGCUCUAAUUAAUUGAUCUUUUGUUUUAUCAAAAUGGUGUUUGCUGUACCCAGAUGUGAUCAACUUUUCGUAUUUUAUUGCCAAAUCGUAAUUUCUUGUGUCUU